UCAUCCAAUCUGCAUCAGUGAGGUUAUUUUCAUUGUUCAUGUCACAGCUGCCCUGAAACACACACGGCUGAAUGAAUCUGCAAUAAAAUGCUAGAAUAUUUGUGUUUUGAUCCAGUUGGAGUGACAGAUAACUGAUGAAAAAGCUUUUGAGUCAUCUUGCAACACCGCAGAAUAAAAGCACACCUGUUCGGACUAGAGAGACUCAUUCAUACACUGGGAGGUUAACAGAUAGUCAACAGUAAAAGAACCCAUUUGAAUCACCUUUGUGCGAGUUUAGGUGACUUAACCCUGACAGACAAUCAAGUGGAACGUGAAAUAAAAGCACAAUUUUACUAGCAGUCCGGCAGUGCAUGCUCCUGUUAGAGCGACAGUGCCCUUCACCCCGGCACAACCAGAGGAGCAUUUGCAUGGCAGGUCCAGUUAAAUGAGGGGACCAGAUUCACACAAGCUGCCAUGCAAACCAGCGGAGCAGCAGUUAAAACACACACACACACACACACACACAGGUGUGGUCUUCCUGCCGCAGUUUCUCUCGAGACAUAUGAAAAUGAGCUCUGAGAUUUACUCACGAGACACUAAAUGAGCAGCGAGCGAGUCGUACUGCUCAGUGGACAGGUUUACCUGCGCAGGUGUGAGCAGACUGCUGAAGUUUUACUGUUUAGAAACAAAGUUAGAAGGAGGGAUUUGAUCUAAACAACAGAUCAGUUUAAAUCUCAAUGAACUAGUCGUGCUCAGAGAGUCUGAUAAACGAUUCGAGCAUGCCACGAGCGUUUCUGGUGAAGAGGAAACAGGCCGCAGGUGCCGGAUGGCAGUGGAAAGAAUCUGAUUCCUGCAUCAGUUCCACAUCAGCAGCUGUACAGACACACAGUGGCGCUGAUCUAAAAUCAGUUCCUGACACCACUCUUCAGUCUGUUCAUAAACGCACACCUGCUCUGGAGUCAGUCCGUGUAUCUCGUACUGUUGAUUAUGGGAUGGAGAGAGUCCAACCUCAGCAGGCGCCUCAGACUUCUCUUCCUCCUCCUCCUCCUCCUCCUCUUCCUCCUCCUCCUCCUCCUCGUCCUUCUUCUGCUUUAACAUCAGCACCACAGAAUAAGGGGCGUGAAUCGGCCGCUGUCUCCGAGUUUCUGUGUUCUGUAUGUCAUAAAGUGUUUCCUCUGCAGCGCAUGUUGACGCGUCACCUCAAGUGUCACAGUCUGAUAAAGAGGCACCCGUGCAGAUACUGCGGUAAAGGCUUCAACGACACCUUUGAUCUGAAGAGACACAUGAGAACUCACACAGGUAUCCGCCCGUACCGGUGUGACCUGUGUGAGAAAGCGUUCACGCAGCGCUGCUCUCUGGAGUCGCACCUGCGGAAGAUCCACGGUGUACGGCAGCAGUACGCGUACCGUCAGCGUCGCUCCAAGAUCUUCGUGUGCGAGGACUGCGGCUUCACCUCCAGCCGCCCGGACGAGUAUUUCGUGCAUGUGCGGCAGCAGCACCCGAGCAGCCCGGCGCUCCGCCGCUACUACCGCAAACACAUGCUGGAGACGCCCGCACAACACGGCAUCAGCCCGUUCAUGCUGUACCCCGCCGCGGGACUCUACAUGUGAAUCUCCACUGGAACUGUGUUCACUCAAUCACUUCAUCCCUGUGUCAAUAUUGACUUGUAUUAUCUGGAUAUAUGAGUUACACUGUGUGUUUCUGUACUCUCUGCUAAGACAUUUUACAUGGUUAUAUAUUUACAGAACAUUACAUAUUUUAAUAUUGUUUCAAGCUGAUGUGUGUAAUUUACUCGAUGCCAAAUAACUCUCUCCUAUCCCAAUUUAACAGGUAGAGACAACUAUACAUAAAACCAUUUAUAGGUUGAUACUGUGUGGCACUUUCAAUAUUGUUUUGUUUAACCCUUGUGCGACCUUCUGGACAUUUUGUGUCUUUUUCAUUUUUGUUUUUUCGAUCAUUUUGGCUGUUAAUGCAAAUACCAUACAUUCUGCCAAAGGUGUGUAUUUUUGGGGGGAAUUUUGAUAUUUCAACCUCAGUUCCUAUACUACAUAUAUAAUACACUGUGAACACAAAAUAGUUACUCAGGACCUUCAGGACAAAAAUGUCCCCAUUGAAACCCAUUAAAACUGCAAUAUUUGAUCCCAGUGCCAUUAAAGCAUAACAUCAUGAAUUCUAUGAUAUUAUGCUUUCAUUCUGGAGCCCUGACUUCAACAUUUACAUUUUUAACAUUUGACACCAGAUGGUGCCGUUUAGCCUAUGGAGCAAAUACAUGCUUUUCCCCUAUUCUCUGUUUGCUGUAUUAUAGAGCACUGCAGGCCAACUGAAUAAAUGAUGCAGAUAAAAUUGUGUGUGUGUGUUGGUAUGGAUGUCAGAGUGUGUUUUGUAUGUGUGUAUUGAGAAAUGUGUGUGUGUAAAAACAACAGUGGCAUUAUAUAGACAAACUGGUAUUUAAAGGGUUAAAAUCCUGAAAAUGAAUGAAUAUUUGGUAGUUAUGAUCAGGACUGAUGUUGGUUAAAAAAAUAACUCAUUGAAAGUGGAAAAUAAUAUUAAUAUAUAAUAUUAUUAUGGCAGUUUUUUGAUGUGGACAUUUUUGUCCACUAAGGACCUCUGAGUAACUUUUUUAAAUUGACGCACAAGUGUUAAAUGAGCCACCUGUCCAGCCUGACACAGUAACACUGGCUGAAUCAAUGGCGUGAGCUGGCGGCAGGACUAUCUGUUUGCAUAGACAAAGUUUUUCGCAAUUCCGUUUGGAGGCGCAUAAAUUGCACAUUUCAGCUUUAAACAUUUUCAAUCAUACUAAAACAACUUUCACAGUUACACUACA